AUGGCUAAUUUUCUUGCUCGUUACGAUUUAGAACAGUUCAAGUGGAAGCCCUUCAAAGGUGAAGGUGGCCAAAAUGGAUGCGUUCGCCCCCUUGGAGGCUCUGAGCAUGCCCAGGAUAUUCUAGAUCGCCAUUUCAAGGGUGACCAAACGUUAUUCUUCGCGGUUAUUGUCGACUUGCACAUCCCCGUGAGCAUCACCAAGCUCAGCUCUUCCGCUCAAGAAUCCUGGUGCUGGCUCCGCUUCCAAAUUCCUACCGUAGCGUCAUCCGUAAAUGGUUCAGAUCACGAGCUGCCCACGCUGAGCUAUACAACCGCGAGUCCUCAAGAGAUCAACCGGUGGGCGCAGCGCACUCUCAUUGUCCACUCACCCUCACAUAUCGACCUCGAUCAAUUGCGGGCCAAUGAGGGCCAAAAGAAGGUCCCUUCGUCCGACGGCGACUACACAUGGUUGCACCUUGUUCCUGGCGAAAUUGCCGACGGGACGGUCUCCAAAUUCGGUCUGCUGUUCCAUACCCAUCACUCACCGUUCGAUGGCGUAGGGAUAAAGAUCGUCGCAAAUCGCUAUCUCGCGCAACUGGCGAAGGUGCUCUCUGACUCGCACAGCGCGUCCGAGUCUAUUGAAUGGGGAAAUGAGCUGAAAAACCUCCCUUCGGCAGCCUAUAACAUCCUAAACUCCAAUGAAUCCCUCCCUAUUCCACCAGACUCGUUGGAGGAACCUUCCUUUGACCACGAAUACUACAAGUCCUUGGGAAGUGUCCUCUCCGCCUUCGGCGGGGGGAUGAAGGACACCUACGGAUUUAGAGCUCGCCCGAACGAUACACAGUGGCCGAAGACGCGUCGCGCCGAGGUCUUGUUUACAAAGGAAGAAUCAGAAAGAAUUCAAACUGCCUCGAAAAUCUUUGGGUUCACACUUACACACCUUGUCCAUGCUGCAUUAGCAAUGGUCGUCAUAGCUGAUAAUCCACCCGAUUUGGCGUCUUCUACCCACUACUUGAACAACAUGUCUCUGGUUAAUUUCCGAGGCCGGCUGGAUUCAAAUCACUCGCUGCAUCCAGGCUAUGUCCUUGGUGUUUCCAUGACCAGGAUUCCUGUAUCAGCGUUCAUGUCCCAUGACGGAAGUGUCUUCCCAUUGGACAGGGACAGGCUUCUUAAGGUGGCGGACAUAGCCAAGGAACAGUAUCGAGCCCACAUAGAAUUGUCCGCUGGGUUGAGUUGCAUGCCGGCAGUCGGUGAAGUAUACGCCUCGAACAUUAUACCAGCUGCGCUUGCAAACAUGCUGCCACCCAACCAGUGUUACUCAUUUUCAAGUGACGGAAAAGGAGAAAACUACUUGAACCCCACUUUCGCGGAUGACACUGGGAAACCCGUCUUUUCAAUCGCCAAGUUCUUCACAUCCGUGAACAGAUUUGAUCCCGGCCCAUUCUUUCGUCUCUCCUCUUGGGGGGGCAUGAUCGACCUUAGCGCUGAUUAUAACUCUAAUCUUGUGAAGACUGAGGACAUCACGAAUUACUUGAAUCAAUGGAAGCGAUUCAUUUUCCUGAUCCUCGACUAACACUCGCGACUGGGUGUUAACGGUCCGGGUGUCCUCCCGUCAUUCCAUAUAUCGUUAGGAGCUAGAUGAGCGAUGUGAACUGUUUUUUGGAUAUUGAAUAAAAAGCUCGUACGACUGGUGUUUUUUACCAAAGGACGGAACGGUUAGUUUCGCGGAAAACUUCGCUCGACCGUGUUGAGCUAUAGUUAGCACACCGUAUCAUCACCGCUCGCUGUCGAUGUGCGCUUGACAGCCGUCUGCGCGCCGUGCGCCUGUCUCCGUGUCUCAGACUGUCAGGCAGUGUGAGAACUGCGUUAUUUGCAAUACCCCAUUUCUUGUCAGGGCAUGCAACUGGUUGACGGAGCUGCGGGAGAGCUCUGCAUUCGGCCUCAUUAAUGAUCGAUUUGAUCACGGGCAAGGUUUUGAA